AUGGCGCCAACACGAGCGAACUUUUUCAUUCCAUCUCCGAGAAUAUUUCUCUGGAGUUGCGCGAUUUUCAUUAUGUUAAGUGGAACAGUGACAGCAGAACACCAAUGCUACUGGUGCGGCCCGCUAGCGGAACAAGUGCAUCGAAGCCGCCGAGCUCCAUCUUGCGAUACUCCCACAAAACACGUCACAACUUGCGAACCUGGAUUUAAACACUGCGCUGUGGUUGCGACAUCUCCUCCACACAUUGAGUCGAGAUUCUGCGUGAAACUAUACCAAGAUGAAUGCUACCCUCUUUUCUGCAAUUCGACAAAAACAUGGAAAAUGACAUGCCCUUGUCGCGGUGAUCUAUGUAAUGGCAACAACACGGAACGUGAGAGCGAAGCAUUUGCUGUUCUAUCAAAACUUGUUGCAAAAACUCAAAAUAUUCGUAUCAAAAAAAGGUCCGCUUCUUCAAAUUUUACUUCAUCAACUCGAGAACCCACCAUUAUAAUAACUAAUGAAACAGACAUGGAAGUAAAUGAAACUGAUAACAAUGGUCAGAUCAAUGAUUUUGAUCAUAACGAACAAAUGAUUGUUGUUACAGGAGUUGCACGAGACGAUACACUUAAAGAAAAUAAUACAGAUAAUAUGACUAUCGGUCAAAAUCUUGAUGAUCAUGAGAUUUUUGAUAAUUCAACAAAUGACAUCACUACUUCAAAAAACAGCAAAGAAAAUAAUAUAAAUGAACUUGUCGCAACUGUAGAGUCUAAUAAAGGAAACCUAUCUAGUAACAAUGUUGAAACUAUUGCAUCAAUCCCUACAAUGGAGACAAAAACUGAAUUAGUUAAGGAAUCUUUAACGCCCACUUUUAACGUAAAACCAAGUGAGCAGUUACCAACAGCAGAAGCACUACAGCAAAAAGUAAGUCCCUCUGUGAAAAGUUUAGGAACUACAGAAUCCUUAAAAACUGAUUCUACUGACCUAAGUACACUCAUGAUCGAAGAAAGUACUACAGCGCAGCCUACCAAAGCCAGCGACAAUUAUGCUGGACAAUUAUCAGCAAAUAUUUUUACGCUUUUAAUUUUAAUCUUGACCAUUUUACCUAUGUAUUGA